AAGUAUCGGUUGACGCUCAUCGCUAGGAAAUAAAAAAGUUUGGGUGCAAGAAAUUUUCAAUCGUUUCGCAAUUUUCCGUGCAAUUUAAACGACAAAACGAUUAUUCAAGUCUAAGGCUAUUAACCAGAGAGUGUCGAGAGAGAAAAACCCAACCCAAAUACCUUUCCAAAUAAGAAUAAUUGCCAAUCAAACCAACAACAACGCACACAUAGUUGUCCGUAUGUGUGUGUGUGCCGUUUUUUUUGUUUAUUUGGCAAAUCAGUUUGGCCUACGUGAUUAAAAUAAGCGCAAGCGAACUAACAGUGAAAUGUUGGCUAAAACGAGUGCCGUAAUUCGCAUUAAUAAUUGAUAGCCAUAAUCUGUGUCUGUGUGUGCGUGAGCGGGCGAAGGUGGAGUAAAAAAGAAAAGAGCAGAGAGAACAGUCAAGGUUAGAAUCGGUCGUCGCCUUCGGCUCUCCGGCGAAAUGCAAUGAGCAGGGGUCGCGGAAAGGUCAGGGAUUCAGGUAGCCGUUCUGAUUCCUAUUCUGGAUCCAGGUCGGCCAUGGAUCCACCUCGCUGCUCUAUUUGCGGCACUCAGCAACAGCUGCUUCGCUGCGCCAAGUGCAAGGCCGUCUACUACUGCUCACCCGCCCACCAGCACUUGGAUUGGCCCGCACACCGCAGCGAGUGCCGCCUCCUAACCCGCCAAAAGGUCAACAGCAGCAACAACAACAAGCAGCAACAGCGCCAGCAAAUCCAGCAACUUCAACAAGCGGUGGCAUCCGCCAAUCUGGAGGGCAAUGGCGCUGGCGCCAACUGCUCCACCGCCCAAAUGAUGACGCCCGCCCACCAGGCGCAGAGUUGGCCCGCCGAGGUGGACAACCUGCUGAAUCUCCUGGGGCAGCCGGACAAUCGAGCGCAGGCGGCCCCAACAGAAGUGGGUCAAAAGCAGCAGCAGCAGCAACAACACCAUCACCAUCACGGCGAAAAGAGCUCCAGCUAUCAAAUUGGACUGGCGGAUGCCAGCUUCAUGGGAUCGGGAAGUGAGCGUCGCUAUGAGGAUCUGUGCCGGAACAUCAUCAACGACAUGAACCAGUAUGGGUUGUCUGUGGUGGAUGACUUCUUGGGCAUGGAGACGGGACUGAAGAUCCUCAACGAGGUUCGGAGCAUGUACAAUGCAGGGGCAUUUCAAGAUGGCCAGGUGGUGACCAACCAGAUGCCCGAUGCUCCGUCUACAGCGGCGCGCGGUGACAAUAUUCGGGGCGAUAAAAUCAAGUGGGUUGGUGGAAAUGAGCCGGGCUGCAGCAAUGUCUGGUAUCUGACCAAUCAGAUUGACUCUGUGGUGUAUCGUGUCAACACGAUGAAGGACAAUGGUAUUCUGGGAAACUAUCACAUCAGGGAGCGUACGAGGGCGAUGGUCGCAUGCUAUCCAGGAUUUGGAACGCAUUACGUCAUGCAUGUGGACAAUCCCAAAAAGGACGGCCGCGUUAUAACGGCCAUUUACUACCUAAAUAUAAACUGGGAUGCCCGGGAAAGUGGCGGCAUACUGCGGAUUCGACCCACUCCCGGAACAACAGUGGCAGACAUUGAACCCAAGUUUGACCGGCUGAUAUUCUUUUGGUCGGACAUUCGCAAUCCCCAUGAGGUACAGCCUGCCCAUCGGACCCGCUAUGCCAUAACCGUCUGGUACUUCGAUGCCAAGGAGCGCGAAGAGGCUCUUAACAGAGCCAAGCUGGAGAACAGCAAGACGAACAACGUGGCAGCUCAAGCCCAAGCCCAGCAGGCUGAACCCGACUCUACCACCACACCACCCGCCACAGCAGUAGCACCACCUGCAUCCUCAUCCAGCCUGCCGGCCAGCAUGUCCACGGGAACGGGAGCGUUAAAUGCCAAUGUGUCCAGUAAUGCCUGCGCCGCCAGCAACGAAAUAUGCACGUAACCCAAGCAGGCAGCGCAGCUAAAGGGCAACCAAAAAGUGUAAAUUAUUUCCAACCAAACACACAUGUAUAAAGCUAGUUAAAAACUAUUUAUAGCUCCGGCGGGCAGCAGCCCAAGCCCGAAUUGCAAAAGUGAAUCAAAGCUCCUUUAGUCGUUAAGCCUUCUAGUUUAGUAUCUAAGUCGUAUCCUUAGUUAUUCUCGCAUUAACCAUUAGCUUACUGCCUUGUCAGCGUCCGAGUUGAAUGUUUAUUAAUUAUUAGUUUGUUGCAUCUUUGUCAGGACCUUUUGCCCAGCUAAUUCUUAGUUUUUGGCUGCCAAAGUAUUAUACCUAAAGAUAAGCUAACCAGCAUCAGCAACAGUCGCGACGCUCAUUAUAUCCUAUCUCAAAAUUAGGCCCGCGAAUCGUGUGCAAAUGCGAUCGCUGGCUUCCCACUCAAUCUGUCGACUCUCAUGCAUCUAGUUAGAAAUCUUUUUGAUAUCGUUUACAUCUAAUAACAAGCGGAAAUAUAUGUCUGUCAGAAAUCUAUUCUCUUGUUAUCUCUAAACCAUUAAAUAUGUAUAUUUAUGGCAUAUCUACAUAUUAUAUGUAUAUUUUUAUAUUAAAAAGCCUGAGCAAAUGAAA